AUGCCAUACUUGGACCUCAUGCGAGAUCGCCUCCGGGGCAAAAUCAAAAGCUUACGCGAAGGCGUUCAUGAGCAAAUACUCGAUCCCAACGACUUGAAUGAGGACAUUGUAAUAAAAGUGGAUGGCCUUGCGGCUGGCAAGGGCGUGGUUCUUCCUGAGAAUCGCCAAGAAGCGCAACGCGACUUGCGCGAGAUGAUGUUGGAGAACAAAUUCGGCCCCGGACAGUCCUCACUCCCUCCGGGGCAGGACCAUAAACGGAUUUUUGACGGCAACCGCGGACCGAAUACAGGAGGCAUGGGAGUGUAUGCUCCUGUUCCGUUUGUCAGCCAAGCACAGAUGCAAGAAAUUGACAAGACAAUCGUCAAGCCUACCUUGGAGGGCAUGAAAACAGAAGGCCGAACCUUUGUGGGAAUGCUCUUUACGGGCAUCAUGUUGACGAAAGCAGGUCCUAAAGUUCUCGAGUACAAUGUACGCUUUGGAGAUCCCGAGACCCAAACAAUGAUGCUUCUCAUAGAGGGGGACCUCGCGAGGCUUCUUCUUGCCUGCGUCAAAGGCCGCUUAGCCGACGAGAGGCUCGAGCUCUCGCCAGGCUACGCCUGUAACGUGGUGCUCACAGUGACCGGAUAUCCAGGCCCUCCACGUGCUGGCGAUAUUAUUACAAUUAACGCCGAAUCGGAUACCCAAAGGCAUACGCACGUCUUUCACGCAGGCACCGUGCUGGCUGAUGGAGCUUUGCGAACAUGUGGCGGACGAGUCUUUAGCGUGGCCGCCCGAGGGAUGACGCUUGAAGAAGCAGUUCAAAGAGCAUAUCGAGGUGUUGAGGCUAUAUCCUUUAAUGGCAUGUUUUAUAGGAGGGACAUUGCUUCUCAGGCGCUAUAA